AUGUUACUCUCCCUCGUCUCGUUAUUACCCCUCAUACCAUACUCGGUGGCGAUCACCAUCCCCAGAGGAGGUGUCUCACCAUCUCGUCCUCUACCUCGGUCAAUGGAAGAGAGACAAUCGGAUGGGAUAGGAUGGCAUGGUUAUAGGAGCGUUGGAUACUAUCCAAAUUGGGUGAUAUACAACUCCGACCCAUUCGCAGUCACCAAUAUCACCGCAUCUGAUUAUACACAUAUCAUCUACGCGUUUGCCAACGUCGAUUUGGAUAGCGGACAAGUAUUCUUAGGUGAUGAUUGGGCUGAUACCCAAUACCCUUAUCCCACCGACGAUACCAACGAAGAAGGUAAUAACCUCUAUGGAAACUUGAAGCAGCUUUUCUUGCUCAAACAACAAAACAGAAACCUUAAAAUUCAACUUGGUAUUGGAGGUGCCACCUAUUCUUCCAACUUUAACGGUAUCACCUCUCAAGAAUGGCGAGAAACGUUCACCACCUCGGCAGUGGAUUUGGUAACUAAUCUGGGAUUUGAUGGGCUAUGUCUCGAUUAUGGUAUGUCGAACUCAUUCCGCAAUAGUAAGCUCCUUCGAGUCCUUGCGAGACAUACUUGUGGGAGGCGAAUAAUGACUCAGAAGGUCACUCACAGUCCAAUGAAUGCACAAACUGCUCCGCUCGUCGAUCUCUUCAGAAGAUUACGACUUGGUCUGAACUCGGCUGCCAGCCAGAUUGGAGGUGGUCAUUUCAUCUUAUCGUGGGCUGCAUCUUGUGGAGCAUACAAUUGGGCUGCACAAGAUGUACCAGGAAUGAAUCAAUACCUCGAUUACUGGAAUCUGAUGGCUUAUGAUUUCUCCGGACCCUGGAUCGACACUGCUCUUCCCGCCUCGAAUCUCUACCCUGAUGGACGAUCGUCAGAUGUCGGUGCAUCUGGAUCGCAGUGUUUACAACACUAUGUUGAUGAAGGUGUUGAUCCUAGGAAACUCAAUCUUGGUAUGCCACUUUACGGAACAGCAUUCACAGGCACUCAAGGCAUGUGGACCUCAUGGACUGGUACUGAACAAUACGAUGUAUCUGAACUACCUGUCGAUGGAGAUACCAUUGCUUACAAUGCCAUUUUGGGCGGGUCAUGGAGUUAUAACCCAUCGAAUGGGCGAGUCGUGUCGUUCGACACUCCCACCUUAGCACUGCAAAAAGCAAUCUACGUGAUCGAGCACAAUAUCGGGGGUAUGAUGUAUUGGUCUAUUGAUGGUGAUUACUCGAGACUCCAAUCUGAAGGUGCUAGUAGACCUGGUAAUUUGAGUGCAGAGAGAUCAACUGACUGGAGUAAGAGAAAUGUCGACGGAAGGAACGAGAAAGGCGGAGAAGGCGACGGAGAAGAAGGUGGCAAUUCAGGACAUGGCGGUGGAGGACAUAACAAUUGUACGGAGGAAGAGCACGGUGGACACGGCCAUGGCGGUGGUCAUCAUGAUUGUACCGGAGGAGGAGACGAUGGCGGUAACGGUGGUGCAAAUAACAAUAACACUGUCCCCAUCAAUACUGCUAUUGGAUAUAGCCUGGUGGAUACGGUCAUCACUGCUUUCAAGAGGUAUGGAGGUGGAUUGGACACGACUACUAACAGGUUGGAAUAUCCUACUUCUGAAUACGAUAACCUUCGAGCUGGGUUCCCCUGA